AUGGCCUACAUCAGCCACUUCAACAUUGAAGUUACCAAAACCCAUGGCGUUGACGAUAGUGCAAGACUGAUGGCACUGGGGGCAGGUAUUGCCCAUGGUUCCAUAUUUUGGAAUAGCCUUCAAGGCAAGAGCACACACACCAUUGACGAAUUCAUGAAGCGGGCAGAAAAAUACAUGAACACUGAAGAGGCAAGGAUAGCAAACAACCUCCCUCUCCAAUCCUUGCAGCUCACUCAAGCUGCAUUAGUGCCGCCAGAACUUACGAAUGCUACUAAGGCUUCUAACUCUUUAAAGAACAACAAAAGAGAAAGCAUAGAUGGCGAGGAUCAAAGUCCCAAGAAGAGUAGGAGUGAUGGCCCUAAACGCCCUAUAUAUUUAAUCUACACCGAGUUUAUAGAAGCCCAAGUGACCAUCUAUGUGGAGAGUGAGCACCGAGUACCAUUCCGAGUUCCUAAACCCAUGAAGCAUGAUCGAGCCAAGAGAGAUGCCUCAAGAUAUUGUCAAUACCAUAAGGACAUCGACCACACAACUAAUGAGUGCCAAAACCUCAAAGAUGAAAUUGAGACUCUAGUCCUUAAUGGGACACUUACCCAUUAUGCACAACACAAUUUUCAAGGAGGAGAUGUCAACUAG